GGCAGGGGUAAUUUGGGUAAUAGGGUGAAUUUCACCGCAGGAGGAAAGGAAAUGUUUCUGUGGUGAACUGAUUAGGAAAAGAAAAUAGUGGCUAUUUGAGGCUGCCCAGAGCCUUGGGAAGUUAGACUUUGGUCCCUUGGGUGAUGAGCUAAUGGACAGAGUGCAGGGGAGGCAAUACAAAGUGCAUGAUGAAUUGUGCUCCUAUUGAUUGAUGUAUGACUUGGCCCUGGGUGUAAUUACCAGAGCUGCAGUAUGUGCGAUAUGCCCUUAGGUGCUGAAGCACAUGAUAAGUGCUGCUGUAAGAUCUGGUGUUCUGUUUCCCAGCUGAACAAAGCAGCCUCUUUCAAAGCGAAGCUCGUCUCUGUGGAGAAAGAAUCUCCCUGUGUCAGCAGCAGCCAAGGAACGAGGUCCCCGGGGAACAAUGGGAAGCGAGAAGAAGAUCAGUCUUCCAGCAAAGUUGAUCAGUGGAGGAGUGGCUGGGCUGGUGGGGGUCACCUGCGUCUUCCCAAUUGAUUUGGCGAAAACCCGUCUUCAGAACCAGCAGAGAGAAGGAGUCUAUACUGGCAUGCGGGAUUGCGUGGUGAAGACUCUGCGCUCAGAGGGAUUCUUCGGCAUAUACCGAGGAGCUGCUGUGAGCCUGACGCUAGUCACUCCAGAGAAAGCCAUCAAGCUGGCUGCUAAUGACUUCUUUCGACAGCUGCUCUUACAGGAUGGAAAGGACCUAACACUGCCCAGGGAGAUGCUGGCUGGCUGUGGAGCUGGGACCUGCCAAGUGGUGGUCACCUCCCCAAUGGAGAUGCUGAAAAUCCAGCUCCAGGAUGCUGGACGGCUGGCUGUUCACCAGCAAAAGGUUUUGGGAGCAGAUGGGCCAAUGACAACCUCCUCCCACCUACCACCAGUCAGUGCCUCCAUCACUGACCGUACCUCAGCAUUCAGGCGCCCCUCUGCCACUGUGAUCGCCAAGGAGCUGCUGCAGAUCCAGGGACUAGCAGGCCUGUACAAGGGCCUGGGAGCCACGCUGCUCAGAGAUGUGCCUUUUUCCAUUAUCUAUUUCCCACUCUUUGCCAACAUCAACAAACAUGAGCAGCGGCACACUGGAGAGAAGGCAUCCUUCUUCCAUUCCUUUGUGUCUGGCUGUGUAGCAGGUUCUGUGGCUGCUGUGACAGUGACCCCCCCUGGAUGUUCUAAAAACCCGAAUUCAAACCCUGCAGAAAGGCCUGGGAGAGGACACAUACAAUGGAAUCAUUGACUGUGCUAGGAAAAUCUGGAUGCAUGAGGGCCCUACUGCCUUCAUGAAGGGGGCAGUCUGCCGGGCCAUGGUUAUCGCUCCCCUCUUUGGCAUAGCCCAAGGGGUCUAUUUCAUUGGUAUUGGAGAAUAUAUUUUAGGAUAUUUCCAGUAGCACUUGCUCUUGCUAAGCAAGACCAGGCUAAAGAUCCCACAAGUUUACUUCCCCAUCUCUCCAGAAUCAGAAUGACCAGAAAUGGACAGGACCAUAUUGUGAUCCAUGCCGUGACUUUGACACAACCUUCUGCUCUUUCUGGCAACAAACAAAGGUGGACACAGGCUGUUUGCCAUUAUAGCUUUAUUUUCUUGUACCCUUUUGUUUCCGUGUGCUACAGCUGACCACUGCACAUUUAUAAAAUGGAAAGGACUAUUUUGUCUCCAUUAUUUUCUCUGAAAAAUGCUAGUCCUUUUAAGAUAACAUGCAGCUGGAUUUUUGAAGUGAUAUGUGUAUAAACAUCAGAUCUGCUCUGCUUAGGGCUGCUCUCUAGGAUUGUUUGAGGUUAAUGUUGAACCUGGAGGCACUCUUCAAUUGUCAGCUGACUUAGAUGAUUUGCUGUGUCCUGUCCUGUAGAUACAGUGUCAUGUUCCUUGUAUUCAACUGUUUGCCAGUCUAAACUUGCUGUUUCUUACCCUGCUUUUGUAGAGAAGGUAAAAGCCGGUUGAGUGUUUCAAGAAUGCAGGGGGCAGAUCCAGCCGACUCACUGAGCAGUAAGAAAAAACUCGAACUAACUUGUUUUAGCAAGCAGUGUCUAAACAGAAAGGUCAGUGAGUUAAGACAAAGCUAGAAGUUUUGUUCAUCCCCUGUAGGAUCUGGAUGGAAGCUAUAGAUUCUGGUUUGUGCAAUGAAGCUGGAAGCUAAUAUAUUGCAGCCAAAGAGUUAGAUCAUUUACAAUGAGAUUGGGAGGGAGGUGGCAGUAGUUACUGAAGGUCAAAAGCAAUUAGAUUUAAUGCUUAGAUAAGCACAAAAGCUAAUAAACCAAACAGCUAUGCUAAAGCAAAAUAUGGAGGUAAACACACUGUACCCUCACUACAUGAAUGGGCCAGCUACAAGUGUGUCUGAACUUGGCACUUUUAGGACCAUUAGACCUGCCAUUUCAGAGAAGCAAGGCUGUAAGUCACUUGUGCAGUCUUUACAAAGAAAGAGAAUAGCCUGUAGCAUACUCAGAAACUGGGUGUUGCAGGACAGUGUUUUUAUAAGAUGGUGCUGCUGCAGCCUACCACCCAUUUCUUCAUGGCACAACAUGAAAGCCAUGUACCAGCACACUACACCCAAGAGUGACAGGAGCAGGCUCAGCAGCUCACUCAAGCAUCAAUGAAUUUAACUGGCUUUAUGAAUGUAGGAGUCUUGGAGGAAUAAAAUGGGGAUUGGUGCCAGGGGUUAAGGUAUAGUACUGGUACUAUUGUUCAAGUGUAUUUUCAGGAACUUCAGAAUUGUCUUGUAUCAUUGUAGUAUUAUGUGCAGAUUAAGAAAUAGCAUCUAUGCAGCUCUCAGAGAGUGAGUAUUGUGUGGCUGUAAAUUUAGGCUGCAUAAUGUUUGCAACAGAGUUUGCUCAGAAUAGGUGCAGCUCUUCAGUGACUGAAAAACUGUCUGUUACCUUUUAGGGCAGGGUCACAUCUACUGACCACUUUUCCCCACACUAACUGCCUCUAGUUAUAUGCUUAGUAACAGAAGAUUGAGAAAUGUUGCUGCUAGUUUGUUCCUCGUUGUUGAAAGAAUGAAGAUCACCCUGGAUUCCCUUCUUUAAGAGUAUUUUUACCUUAAGUUAACACUAUUCACUCCCACAAUUAAACUUCUGCUGCCUUCUGUGCAACUAGGAUUUAAGAGAAAAGGGAAUCACUUGUAAUACAGAGUACAUCAAUAGAUAGUGAUGUGCUAGCAGCUUUCUGUGCAUUAUCUCUGUGCUUUCCCAGGGAAGUAAAUGUACUUAGUUGCUAGGGAGUUCAGUUUUCUACUCCAUCCAGGCUCCACUGUGACUUUCAGGUUGUCAAGUACAGAUUACUAUUAGCUUGCAAGCUAAUAGUAUAGUCUAUCCACUGUUGUUCAUAUGUAUCUUUAUAUUUGUCAUUUAUUAAAGUAUGCCACAAAGCUA